GCCGCUCUGGGGUUCCUCUGGCCAAGAGCAAGGAAGUCGCCCGCUUCGCGUCCCGCGAAGCGCCCGCGGGGCCGCGCGGGUGCCGUCUCUGUCUCCGCCGCGGCCGCUCACGCGCCGAGGGACCGCGGGAAGGAGAAGGGGCGGGCCGGGGCGGGGACUCGCGCAGACCUGGGGCGGCUCUUAGGGCCGGGCCUGCGCUGGAGUUGUGGACACUCGUUGUCGCUGUCGCCGCCGCUGCCUCUGCUGGCCGUCACCAUGAACCCGGACCUGCGCAGGGAGCGGGCCGCCGCCAGCUUCAACCCGGAGCUGCUCACGCACAUCCUGGACGGCAGCGCCGAGAACACCCGGCGCCGCCGAGAGAUCGAGAACCUGAUUCUGCAAGACCCAGACUUCCAGCAUGAGGACUUGAACUUUCUCACUCGCAGCCAGCGUUACGAGGUGGCUGUUAGGAAGAGUGCCAACAUGGUGAAGAAGAUGAGGGAGUUUGGCAUCGCAGACCCUGAUGAAAUCAUGUGGUUUAAAAAUUUUGUGCACCGAGGGCGGCCUGAGCCUCUGGAUCUUCACUUGGGCAUGUUCUUGCCCACCUUGCUUCACCAGGCAACUGAGGAACAGCAGGAGCGCUUCUUCAUGCCCGCCUGGAACUUGGAGAUCAUUGGCACUUAUGCCCAGACAGAGAUGGGUCAUGGAACUCAUCUUCGAGGCUUGGAAACCACAGCCACUUAUGACCCUGAAACCCAGGAGUUCAUUCUCAACACUCCCACUGUGACCUCUAUCAAGUGGUGGCCUGGUGGACUUGGAAAGACUUCAAAUCAUGCAAUUGUUCUUGCCCAACUCAUCACUAGGGGGAAAUGCUAUGGAUUACAUGCCUUCAUUGUACCUAUUCGUGAAAUUGGGACCCAUAAGCCUUUGCCAGGCAUUACUGUAGGAGACAUUGGCCCCAAAUUUGGCUAUGAUGAGAUGGAUAAUGGCUACCUGAAGAUGGACAGUUAUCGUAUUCCCAGAGAAAACAUGCUAAUGAAGUACGCCCAGGUGAAGCCUGAUGGCACGUACGUGAAGCCUGUGAGUAACAAGCUGACCUAUGGGACCAUGGUGUUUGUCAGGUCCUUCCUCGUGGGAGAAGCCGCUCGGUCUCUGUCUAAGGCUUGCACCAUUGCCAUCCGAUACAGCGCUGUGAGGCACCAGUCUGAAAUCAAGCCAGGUGAAUCAGAACCACAGAUUUUGGAUUUUCAAACCCAGCAGUAUAAACUCUUUCCACUCCUGGCCACUGCAUAUGCCUUCCAGUUUGUAGGCGCGUAUAUAAAGGAGACCUACCUUCGGAUUAAUGAAGGCAUUGGCCAAGGGGACCUGAGUGAACUGCCUGAGCUUCACGCCCUCACCGCGGGGCUGAAGGCUUUCACCACCUGGACAAGUAGCGCUGCUAUUGAAGCGUGUCGCAUGGCGUGUGGCGGGCAUGGCUAUUCUCAUUGCAGUGGUCUUCCAAAUAUUUAUGUCACUUUUACACCAGCCUGCACCUUUGAGGGAGAAAACACUGUCAUGAUGCUGCAGACGGCUAGGUUCCUGCUGAAAAGUUACGACCAGGUGCACUCAGGAAAGUUGGUCUGUGGCAUGGUGUCCUACUUGAAUGACCUGCCCAGUCAGCGCAUCCAGCCACAACAGGUAGCAGUCUGGCCGACUGUGGUGGAUAUCAACAGCCCGGACAGCCUAACAGAAGCGUAUAAACUUCGUGCGGCCAGAUUAGUAGCAAUUGCUGCGAAAAACCUUCAAACUGAAGUGGUUCACAGAAAAAGCAAGGAGGUAGCAUGGAACCUAACUUCCGUUGACCUUGUUCGAGCAAGUGAGGCACAUUGCCACUAUGUGGUAGUUAAGCUCUUUACAGAAAAACUCCUCAAGAUUCAAGAUAAAUCUGUCCAAGCUGUCUUAAGGAAUUUAUGUCUCUUGUAUUCUCUGUAUGGAAUCAGUCAGAAUGCAGGGGAUUUUCUUCAGGGGAGCAUCAUGACCGAGUCUCAGAUUACCCAAGUGAACCAGCGUAUAAAGGAGUUACUGACUGCCAUUCGCCCUGAGGCUGUUGCUUUGGUUGAUGCUUUUGAUUUUCAGGACGUGACACUCGGCUCUGUGCUUGGCCGCUAUGAUGGGAAUGUGUACGAAAACUUGUUUGAGUGGGCCAAGAAAUCCCCACUGAACAAAACAGAGGUCCAUGAAUCUUACUACAAGCACCUGAAGCCACUGCAGUCCAAGCUCUGAAGUGUCAUGACGAGUGUAAUCUGUUCCAGAAAGCAGCUCUGCUCUUCUACUCCCCUUGCUCCUGUCGCUCAAAUCUGUGCGGCAUCUUUAUCGAAUUCAGAGAGCUAUAGAGCAAAUGAUAAAUUGACCCCUUGCCUCUUUUUAUAAAUGAAGGAAAAAAAGAACAGAUUUCAGAGAUUAAAUGAAAAAAAAGGUGUGUUUUAAGUGCAAUUAACACUGAAAGAGACCUGUUAAGCAUUCAGAAAAAGCUUUAAGAAAUGUCAUAUGACUUCCAUUUAUAAUGCUGCUGAUCCCAGUAGGCCAUGCCUUUUGAUAAUUAGUAGAAUUUAACUACUAAGUAGUUAAUUAUUUUCACAUCUCAGUUCUUAAUCACUGGAUAUAUAAGUGUUUUUAAGCAAAGAUAUUUUUUAAGUGAGGUAUAACCCUUCCAGGCGUUCCUGCUAAAUGUCCUACCACUCCCACCGUGGGGCCUGCUAAAAAGCAGGACUGAAG